AUGUCGCUAUUCGGGACAUCACCGGAAGAGCCUGGGAUGGCUGAUUCCGUCCAGAGGUCCAGAUCGUCGCUAUUCGCCGAUGAACCCUCAUUCGGUGGCGGAGCGUCCAGUUCUGCCAACAUGGGCUCCUCGUCCCUCUUCGCCGAUGACGACGGGUUCAGCACCAGCUCGCCCUGGAACAGCAACACCAACAAGCGGGUGGCGCGACACGAGCUCGUCAAAACCCUUUUGCCUGAUGCAGACGUUCCGGAGAGCUAUAUCGACGCGUACGACCUGGUGCUGAAUGAAGGGGAUCGCGUUGGCAGCGGCGUCGGUUUGACCUCGGUCCGCGAGAUCCUGUCCAGCAGUGGGCUGAGCGCCAGUGAUCAAGCCAAGAUCUUCAAUCUCGUUGUCUCUGGCGACGGCGAUAGUUCGAAUGGGCUUGAACGCGGCCAGUUCAACGUUCUACUUGCGCUCGUCGGGCUUGCGCAAGAGGGGGAGGAUCUUACGUUUGACGCGGUGGAUGACCGGCGGAAGAAACUCCCUCUGCCGAAAAGUUCCUAUCUAGAUGGCUUACGCGAACGACAAGCGCCCUCGGAUCCCUCGCCGGCUCACGAACGACCAACCACCCCUCCCCCUCCAGCCGCUCCAGUACAGGAACCCACAUCCGCGCGUUCGGGACAGUCGAGAGAGUCAUUAGGCGGCUUUGAGGCCGAUCCCUGGGGUAGUCCCGAGCUACACCGCGGUCAUGAUCAUGCACAACCUGGACCUGAGCCUCCGGCCCUGAACGGCUUUGGGAGUGUGCGGUCGACGACCGACGCGUGGUCGACGAGCCGGCCAACUGGACAUGAAGAUCAACACCAUGCGCCGAGCACUGAGCGGCCAAGUGGACCGACGGAGACUGCGCCAUCCAGCAGCGCCGGGUCUGGAUGGGGAGGAAGUCUCAGGGAUACAAGCGCUGCUGGUGGGUUCACCAGCUCCGUCCAAGCUGGCCUUGGCGAUUUCGCGACACCAGGCAUUGGAGAAGCCGAACCCAAUGCUCCUCGACGAUCGCUCGGUACGAGUGUGGGCAAUAUCACGAAUUCCCAGGUGGAGGAGGUUGCGACCAUCACUCUAUUGCCUGAGAAGGAAGGGAUGUUCAUGUUCCAGCACCGUAAUUACGAGGUCAAAUCUGCCCGACGUGGCAGCACCGUGAUCCGGCGAUAUAGCGACUUUGUCUGGUUGCUGGAUUGCCUUCACAGACGGUAUCCGUUCCGGCAGCUUCCUCUCUUGCCGCCAAAGAGAAUUUCAGCGGAUUCCAAUUCGUUCCUUGAGAAACGGCGUCGUGGCCUUGUCCGAUUUACCAACGCUCUCGUUCGUCACCCUGUCCUAAACCAAGAACAACUGGUCAUAAUGUUUUUGACGGUUCCUACGGAACUUUCGGUCUGGCGUAAACAAGCUACGAUCUCCGUUCAAGACGAAUUCACGGGCCGCGUCUUACCGCCGGAUCUUGAAGAUUCAUUACCUGCUGAUUUGACGGAUAUGUUCGAGACGGUCCGCAGCGGCGUCAAGCGGUCCGCCGAGAUCUACAUCAAUCUAUGCGCGCUGCUUGAGCGGUUGGCUAAGCGCAAUGAGGGGCUUGCCGCCGAUCAUCUACGAUUUUCACUAGCAUUGCAGUCCCUCACGGAAGUGACCAAAGAUACUUACUCUGCAGAUCCCGGCGAUGUCCCGGCGCUCAAUGAAGGGAUCAUGGCUACGGCCAGACACCUCUCGGCCAGCCAAAGUUUGCUGGAGGAUGAGGCGCGAGCAUGGGAGAACGGCGUCUUGGAAGACUUGAAGUUUCAGAGAGAUUGUCUGGUCAGUGUGCGAGAGAUGUUUGAUCGGCGAGAUCGAUACGCGAAGAAUAACAUACCCCAACUGGAGCGACGAAUUGAGAGCAACGAGCGCAAACUGCAAGAACUGCGGGCCCGGCCUCAAGGAGCGGUGAAGCCUGGGGAGAUCGAGAAGGUUGAAGAGUCGAUAUUCAAGGACAAGGAGUCGAUUGUACAGCAACACGCACGAGGAGUCUUCAUUAAGGAGUGCAUCCGGGACGAGCUGGUACAUUUCCAGCGCAGUCAGUACCACAUCAGCCGGCUCCAUCAGGAUUGGAGCCAGGAGCGCGUGAAAUACUCCGAGCUGCAGGCUGAUAACUGGCGGUCGUUGAGUGAUCAAGUGGAAGGGAUGCCUUUGGGCGAGUAG